AUGUGUCGUGCAAACGAGCAAAUGUUUCAAUUAACUACUGAAAAUUCAUUAUCAAAAUCUGAUCCGCAUUGCACCGUAAGUUCCAUUUAAAAGAAAGUUUAAACAAGUAAGGCUUAAUCUAGUCACAUUAAAACGUGCGGAAGCCAACACAUUUACCCUUUAAGGCAAGUCCCGCGUUCACUAUGAGACUUAAAAAUGGCCGGUUUUUGUUUUUUCCUCAGAGUCAUUGCUUGUAGGUUCGAUAGGCGACUUGAAGUUGUCCGCAGUCUCAAGCCACACGUAUCCGAUGAAAACGGUCGGCGAAAAAGCAACUUUUCAAAAACGCUCUUAGCGGUGAAAAUAUGUUGAAAGCCAUUUCCAGUACUCGCGUGUGGAGGAAAGAUUACGGAAAUUUUCGAAAACGAUGACAUAACAGUAUCUGGUCUCAAGUGGGCGAAAAAUGAUUCCUGCACCGCCAUAUUUCUUCCUAUAAGACUACAGAAAAUGUUAAUUUUGUUUUGCUCUCAUGCCCAGGUAAAUGUUCAAAUUAGCUUUCCAGAAUAUGGCUACUUGUACCAAUGGUCAGGGUUAGGUGGUAAUGAAGAAUUUAAAUUCUUAAAAGACGGAAUUCAUCGGGAAAUUGGGUAAUUCUAAUUUUCAGUCGACAAAAACCUUGAACUAGACUGAUAUUUUAAGCCAUAUCGUAUUUCUUUUUCUUUUUUACACUUUUCAAGUGCUAUAGAUGUAAUUUGUAAUCUAUAAUAACACCAAACACAAUUUCUUAUGGAAGCCCGAGAGAAUAAAUAUCAAAUUCACGGGAAUUAAGAAAACACAGGUAAAAUCGAUCUAUCGUCAUGCUUAAGAUUUCAUUUUGUGAAAUUUGAAGCUUUUGAAGUUUUUUUUGGUGCAAAUUAGGGCUUUUGUUAUUUAAAGCUCGCUGGGAUUACCAAAUUUAAAUGUGAAAACGAAAAGGAUUCUGUAGGCCGUAGUAGUAAAAUGACGCCGUGACGUCAUCAAUUUACAUGUCAACGGUUUUUUGUGAUAAGUGCACAAGACUGUUCUUUUUUGAACAUCGACUGCAUUGUAAUCGAAAAAGAACAUGAUUAUUCAGAUUUUUGUAAACCAAUUCACCUGCAGUUGACCAAGGUCUCCUUUCCAGGGUAGGGUCGUGAAAAAAGGUCCAAACGUUAACCUUAUGCGCAUGUUACGUUUACUUUUCAAUACUAAGAAUCCAGUUGUAGUGAAAAAGUGCUUUGCUAGCAAAGUUGAGGAAAUUUAGCACCAUAGCAACUGUUACACUUUGUUCUACAAACUGCGACCUCCUGUCUCCCCCUCCCCAAGCCCCUGCAAUUUCAAUGGCAGAAAAUAUCUAUCUAUAUUGAUCUACACUAAUUUGAUAUCCAUCUAAGCUUUCAUUAAUUUCGAUAAAUUUCUUGAAACAAAAAUAAACUGUUGCUGAUCAUCGAUGGACAACUUCCGAUGUUAAAAUUCCUUAUAUUUCUACCCUUAUUCUCUCCAGGUCUUUGCAUCCAGGAAAAGAAAAGUGUAAUUUUUAUGUACCUGUUUGGCGAGCGGAGUACUUACGAGACGAUACGUACAGACAUCUGGUUGCCCUGGUCUGUAUCGAUCUAAUAGCAGCACUGUCAACGAUUCUUCUAAAUGCGCUGGUCAUUUUUGCCGUGGCAACAAGGCGCCGACUGCGAAACAACUCCACCAUACUACUUGCCUCUCUCGCAGGGGUAGAUUUGCUAACUGGCCUUGUUGUUCUACCGUUUGCCUUCUCGCUAGACCUUAAGCGACUGCUUGGCUUUGACUCAUUCUGUUCGCUCGAAAAGGCAUUUACUGUGACAUUAGCGAUGGUAACUUACGCUUCGAUCAGUCAUCUAGUCAUAAUCAGCAUAGAUCGCUUCAUAGCUAUCAAAUAUCCCUUGAGGUACCAGGAAAUUGUCACAGAGACGCGAAUAAUAUUCGGUAUUGUCCUAGAUUGGGGUUUCACGUUAUUGGUGACAAUCAAUGAACUUGUUCUGGCUCUAAUAGACAGUGAAAGUAUCUACUCUAUAUAUAUGCUCGUGAACACCAUAAUACAAAUUGUAAUUGGAACUCUUUUCAUUAUUGUUAUUUCAUUGUCUUAUGGUUAUAUUUACUCAGAAACACGACGACAAGUUAGACGUCUCCUCUACGAACAACUGCCUCAAGAAGAAAUCCAAAGAAUCAAGAAAGACAGAAAGGCUGUCACUACUCUGGCAUUCAUUCUGAUUACUUUAGGACUUACUUAUUUACCAGCAAUAAUAACAGGGAUACUGACUACUUCUCCAGGUAACAGCGUCGGACCGCCGCGUGUUCAACGCAUCACUUGGAUCUGGGUAGAACUUUCUAUCAUGUUGGGUUCCCUGUGUAACCCUAUUAUUUACUGUUGGCGAAUGGAGAACCUACGGCGUGCAUUUCUCGAGAUACUUCAUCUAAGACAAACCAAAAAAACACACCCAGGAAUAGAAAUGAGAGAAAUGCAACGCCAUCAACCUGGACCAAGUACAAACCAGGCUUUCUCGCUGCCCGCAAACGAGUAACCCGUUUUGUUUUUUAGUCAUCAUCUUGUCAUCUGCAAGCCGAAUACAUCACUCCACAAGUUUGUCGUCGAUCCACUCAACUGCAGCUCGUCGAUCCGCAACACUCUAACAAUUGGUGCACCAAUUACAUGAGGUGA